AGCAGCGCUUCUGUCCGUCUCUGUCCCUGCUCAGAUUUCCACAGCUGUGAGCAGCACCUCUGCUACCCUACUCCACGCGGAUCUACUGGGGUGUGUGUGUCUUAGAGUGUAUUCCUGUGUGUGUGGGUGUGUGUGUGUUAGAGUUGCUUGCAAGUCAACAGCAUACAUUGUGUGUUUCUCCGCUGCUCCAGUGAUGGUUCUUCCACCUAAAGGCUCUGCUACGGACUCUAUCUAAAACACAUGAGCCCUGGCGUAGCCAGCCCUGGCGUAGCAUCCCAGUAAGAUGGGAAAUGCCUCUGAAACAUCUUUGUUCGCUGACACAUCUUCGUUCCUUUCUACCAUCUCUAAAGAACAUGACAUCCUCAUGGGGACCAUCUAUGCCAUAUUUGGUGUUUUCUCACUGGUGGGGAAUGGGAUAUUGCUGUUUGUGGCCUACCGGAAGAAGUCCUCCCUGAAGCCGACUGAGUUCUUUGUUAUAAACCUCUCCGUCAGCGACCUUGGAAUGACCAUCUCUCUCUUCCCCAUGGCCAUCUCAUCAGCCUUCGCACACAAGUGGCUGUUCAGUGAUGUUACAUGUAUGAGCUAUGCCUUCUGUGGGGUUUUGUUUGGACUAGCCAGUCUCACCAACCUCACAGUGUUGUCAUCUGUGUGCUGGCUUAAGGUCUGCUGUCCCAACUAUGGUAACAAGUUCUCAUCCUGCCAUGCCUAUCUCCUAAUAGCAGCGGUGUGGUGCUAUGCUCUUAUCUUUGCCAUCGGGCCUCUGACUGGCUGGGGCCGGUAUGGUUCUGAACCCUACGGUACAGCCUGCUGUAUCGACUGGUAUGCCCCCGGCCAAAGCAGAGCUGCCAUGAGCUACAUCCUCUGCCUCUUCCUCUUCUGCUACAUCGUCCCCUGCAUCAUCAUCUUCCUCUCCUAUAUCUUCAUCCUGCUGACUGUCAAGGGGUCACGCCAGGCGGUGCAGCAGCACAUAUCCCCACAGAACAAGAUCCCCAACACACAUACACUCAUCGUCAAGCUCUCGGUGGCGGUGUGUAUCGGUGUCGUGAUCGCCUGGAGCCCAUACGCCUUCGUCUCCAUGUGGGCGGCGUUCAUUAACUCAGCAGAGGUCCCUCCCUUUGCUUUCGCUGUGGCUGCAAUCUUUGCCAAGUCCUCCACCCUCUACAAUCCUAUCGUCUACCUGGUCUUCAAACCCAACUUCCGCAGGUCCCUCUGCCGGGACUGGCUGACAUGCCGACGGACCCUAUGUGCGUGUUUGUGCUCGCACGGCUCGGCCCAGAAGGUGUCCUGUACACAGUCCCAGCAGCAUGGGAAGGAGGAGUGUAACUCAACGCGGCGGUCCAAUGGAUUGCCGGAGAACCAUAGGGGGGCAUGCAGGCACUGCCCAUGCCCAGAGAGAGACACUGGUUCUGGCGGAUACGGCCAAGAGACUACCCCUCAGAGGACUGCAAGGAUACUGCAGGGGUCCACACAUAGCGAAGUGGCUGUUAGUCAGCUGUCCAAUGAGAUGCAGAGUGACUUCCUCUGAAAAGACUAAGGAGCGAGAGUAAGCAAAAGA